AUGGGCUCGGUAUCCCAACAAGACUUCAUGGCACGUCUGGCAGGGCGUCUCGUCAACGAAUAUCCUACCGACCAGCGCGACCAAAUGAAUGAACGCUACCGCUUCGUGGAGAGAUUAUUCGGGGAGAAUGGCGACGCAUUCAUCUAUCGGCGGUCAGGUUUCCACCAAGGUAAGACAGCGCUUGUACAACCUAGUCCAUGA